AUGUUCGCACGACGCAUCUUGAGCGGAGUGCGACGGCCAGCAACCACGAACCCGAUUAGUCAGCGGUUUCAGCGUCGGGAAGUCCGCCUGGGACCACCAUUUCUUUUGGACGUUUAUACCCCCAGAUACCAGCUACUGUCGUCUGUCGACGAGGCCAAAAAGAGAUCUCAAGCAUACGCGCACCUCAACAAUUGCAAUCUAUGCCCUCAUCAGUGCGGUGUGAAUCGGUUUGAGAAGCGUGGAAGGUGCCUCAUCGGUUCGGACGUGGUCGUGAGCACCAUCGCGCCCCAUUUCGGAGAAGAGCCAUGUAUACAAGGGCACAACGGGUCUGGAAGCGUCUUCUUCUCCGGCUGUAAUCUACGCUGUGUAUUCUGUCAGAACCACGAUAUCGCGCAUCAGAGAAAUGGCUUCAGUUUGACACCAGAAGAGCUGGGCGAGUGGUAUAUCAAGUUGCAGGAUGUUGGAAAUGUACACAAUAUCAAUCUAGUCACACCGGAGCAUGUAGUCCCCCAAGUUGCUCUCUCGAUAUUGCAUGCCAGGAACCUAGGUCUGCGCGUCCCAAUCAUCUACAACACAUCUUCCUUCGAUUCUCUUGAGUCUAUCGCACUGAUGGACGGGCUUGUGGAUAUCUAUCUCGCAGAUUUCAAGGUUUGGGAAACAACCACGUCCAAGCGGCUACUCAAGGCGAAUGACUAUGCACAAGUUGCCAAGGAGUCUAUCAAAGCCAUGCAAGACCAAGUAGGUGAUCUUUGCUUCACCGCCGACGGCAUAGCCAAGCGAGGAUUAUUACUGAGGCACUUGGUAAUGCCUGGGUAUGAGGAGGAGGGUCGUUGCAUUGUGGAAUGGUUGGCUCAAAAUGUGAGUCGAGAUCUCUACAUACACAUUAUGGAACAGUAUUUUCCCAGAGCACAUGUUGGCAAGAGUCGACGCAUCGGACGUACCGAGACGCAAAAGAUUUUAAACUCCGAUAAAUCUACCAGCGAAGAGGAUGUGGCAGAACAUAUUCGAUACGCUGAUAUCAACCGCGCCGUCAAACCUCAAGAGGUUGAAAGUGUGACUGCCUUUGCGCGAUCGGCAGGACUCUGGAGACUUGUUGAAGCUGCUGAGCAUGGCGGUUUCAACAUUUGA